AUGGACAUCCAGGCUGGCACUGGGCACCGUGCUGACCCGCCCAGGUUUGCCCAGCUCCAGCCCUCCCCACACUGCCCUGGCACUGGGCUGGGUAUGGGGACAUUGCCCUGGCACCGGUCUGGGCACAGGGACACCGCCCUGGCACCGGGCUGGGCACAGGGACACUGCCCUGGCACCGGGCUGGGUAUGGGGACACCGCCCUGGCACCGGGCUGGGCACAGGGACACCGCCCUGGCACCGGGCUGGGUAUGGGGACAUCGGUCUGGGCAUGGGGACACCACCCUGGCACCAGUCUGGGUAUGGGGACACUGCCCUGGCACCGGGAUGGGUAUGGGGACACCGCCCUGGCACCGGGCUGGGCAUGGGGACACCGGUUUGGGUAUGGGGACACCGCCCUGGCACCGGGCUGGGUAUGGAGACACCGGUCUGGGCACGGGGACACUGCCCUGGUACCGGGCUGGGCACGGGGACACAGCCCUGGCACCGGGCUGGGUAUGGGGACACCGCCCUGGCACCGGUCUGGGCACAGGGACACCGAUCUGGGCACGGGGACACCGCCCUGGCACCGGGCUGGGCAUGGGGACACCGGUCUGGGCACAGGGACACCGCCCUGGCACCGGGCUGGGCACGGGGACACUGCCCUGGCACCGGGCUGGGCACAGGGACACCGGUCUGGGUAUGAGGACACCGCCCUGGUACCGGGCUGGCACAGGCUCCAUCUACCACGGAGAUGUGGGACAAGGAGGUGACACCCGGGGCAGCGGUGGCAUCGCUGUCCCCUGGACGUGGCACACGGAGGUCACCUCUGUCACCUCCUGGUUGGGACAGAAUUCUGGUGGGUUGUGGAGGAGCGAUGUGGGGUGGUGGUGGGUGAGAGGGGGAGGCCCAGGACUGUGGGGUCGAGCCCUGCCCCAGCAGCUGUGGGAGCGCUCGGUGUUCUGCAAAGGUGGUGAAAACCCAUCCUGGUGGUGCCACCAGCAGCUCUGCUGUCCCUGGGCUGGUGGGGCUGGGGACAUCCCUGUCCUUCAGGAGAUCCUUGUGCUGAGGGAGCCAGCCCUGGCUCUCCUGGCUCAGCAGACAGGGGGGACAGCUCAGAGAGUGGGGAAUGUCCUCUGGCAGCGAGGAGAAUUCCUUCACAGGGUGGAUGAGGCUGGAAGGGACCCUGGAGCUCAUCCAGUCCCUGGGUUUCUCAGGGAUGUGUCCAGGUGGGUUUGGAAUCUCCCCAGGGAAGGAGACUCCAGCACUGCUCUGGGCAGGCUGCUCCCCUCAGGACAGGGGUGAGGGAGCAAGGCACGGGCCUGGGAUGGGUUCAUCCAGAGGGAACCAGGAGCUGUGCUGAGCUCAGAGCCGGGCAGGGCCCUCAGCAGCCGUGUCCCAUCCACACGUGGCUGUGCUGGGCCCUCCCCAUCCCUGCACUGCCACAGGGAUCUUCUCACAUUGCCCUGCCUCGAGUCUCCAUCAGUGCCCUCUGCCCCACCCUUCCUGUGCCAUCUGUGCCCCACAACACCCUCUGUCCCUCCAGAACCUCUGUCCCCUUCUCCCCCUGCCUGGGGCACCUUGGCAGAGCUGCAGGAGUGACAGCAGGGUCCCUUCCAUGCUGUGGGGUCAGCUCUGGCCACAGGGUGCCCCAGGGCAUCCCCCAGAGCGAACCGGCCCUGUGGAACCAUCCUGGGCCCGUGGAACCAUCCCGGGCCUGUGGAACCAUCCCGGGCCUGUGGAACCAUCCCGGGCCUGUGGAACCAUCCCAGCUGGACAGGGCUCUUGGAGCAGCCUGGGACAGUGGAAAUGUCCCUACCCAGGGCAGGGGUGGCCCUGGAUGGGCUUUAAAUCCCUUCCAGCCUGUGAUUCCCUGAUUCUGUGGAACACAGUGGCUGGGAGAGCUGGUUCGUUAUUUAAUUUCCUGGAAAGCAUCUGGGAGUCGGGGUCAGGAAGCACAGACUCAAUGAGGAGAAGCUUGGGGGACCUGCAGGAAUAGAAUUUCCUCCCUUUGCUGUUUUCCCAGUUCCCCUUCCGUGGAUCAGCAGCUCCUGUAGCCCCAAAGUGAUGAACCAGUGACCUUCUCUGGCCUCCCUUGUCACCCAGGGUGGGGAAAGAACUCAGGAGCUGAGGGUGCUGUGCCCAGGAGGGGUGGCUGUGCCCAGGAGGGGUGGCUGUGGUCACAGAGGGAUCCCCUGGAAGCAGAGCUGGGACCCUUCCAGCACCCCGGGGCCGCUCCUGAGCCUCCCUUGCCCGGUGGCGUUCGGUGUCCGUGUGUCCCCGGGGACCAGGGGCUGGGCCGGGGCUUCCUUUUGUUGUUGUUGAACUGUUCUUUUGGGGUUCAGGUUUGGCCGUUUUUCGGCGGGGAGGGGGGUGUGGGUCCGUUCCGGGUUCAUGGACAAGGCGAGGGCCUCGAUUAGGACCAAAUUUUCGUGCCUGUUGCUCUGGUGAUUUAUUUAGAAAUCAAAAGUUGACUGUCUGGUGGCCCAUCCUUGUCACUCUAUACAUAGGAAUAUACAGGACAUAUUAUAAAUAUAUAUAUAUUAUACAUAGUGGCUGGAGAGGCCGUUCCUGGCGGGAUGGACGCUCCUCGCUGGGCGGUAACACAAUAAAGGAAUGAAUAAAGGAAUGGAUAAAGGGAUGAAUAAAGGAAUGAAUGAAUAAAGGAAUGAAUAAAGGAAUGAGCAGCA